GAUUGACAUUAGAUAGCACAGCCACAGAUUCUAACUGCAAUCUCUCAUAAAAAUGUAUGAAAACAACAUUUGAGCUUUUUUGUCUUCAUUUAAGGUUAGAGUUAGGCACUAAGUUCGCAGUGGGGUCAAGGUUAGGUUUAAAAUCACAUUUUAAGAAUAUUAAUUUUAGAAAUACUUUGUGGUUGGGGGAACUAGUGACGACCGUUUAGUCAUCCGGAUGUGAUUGUGACAUGCUUACGAAGUGCGUAUAAAAAGGGGUAAAGCACUCUAGAAAGGUAUUGCGCUGCCUGCGACCUAGGCUAAUGUAAUUCCGCACGAGCUGGAAUCCUAACCUUACUGCGGGAGGUGAACUCCUGAGAAGCGGAUGAAGAAACAGGUUUUGCUUCUUUUUACAUUCCGAGGACUUGUAAGAAAAGGAAAAAAGAGUAAAAGAAGAAAAUGUCGAACUUUAUAUUACGGAAAGCUGAGCCCAAGGACGUGUCAGACAUAUUGCGUCUCAUAAAGGAACUUGCUAAAUUUGAAGAAAUGGAGGAGCAGGUCAUCUUGACAGAGAAAGAACUACUCGAGGACGGCUUUGGGGAUCAUCCGUUCUACCAUUGCGUCGUCGCGGAAGUCCCUGAGGAUCAUCAGAGCUCCGAUGGAUACACUGUCAUUGGGUUUGCCAUGUACUACUUCACCUAUGACCCCUGGAUUGGAAAGCUGCUCUACCUAGAGGACUUCUAUGUGAUGAAGGAGUUCAGGGGUUAUGGUAUUGGGUCAGAUAUCCUGAAGCUUCUGAGUGGGACAGCAGUUAAGACUCGCUGCAGUAGCAUGCACUUCAUUGUAGCAGAGUGGAACAAGCCGUCCAUAGAGUUCUACAAGCGCCGUGGAGCCUCAGACCUGUCUGAUGAGGAGGGCUGGCGACUCUAUGCGAUUGAGAAGGAUGACCUGGUUAAGAUUUCUACCAAGACGCGCUAAAUUCAUCAAAUGAUUACUGAUGGCAAAGCCUUCCCCCUUCGACUCCAUUGGCAAUGUUUUUAAAACAUUUUUUAAAAUGUGUAUCAUUAAAUACAAAACCUUAUUUGUUCAAGUUCUAAAUGCAGGACUGGUUAGCUGUCUUUUUUAAAAAAAUUUAUAACUAAAGUCAGCAGGUUUAAUUUACUUGUAUCUGACUGGUUGUGAGUGACCUACCUUCAUCAAGGAGAGAGGAAAUGGGGAUAUCUAGUCAACUGAUGUCUUAACCAUUUAACCCCACCCCAGAACUAUGCUGACAUCAGCUAGUCAUGUGAUUGUGUACUAGCACAUAGAGGAAUCGGUAUGUUGCUUUCGAAACUCCUUAUGUUUUUCUACCAAUGAUAAUGUCUGGCUCAGAAGUGGGGGCUUGUUUAUUUUUUUCCCCACUCAUUUGUCCUCACAUGCCUAGAGUGCCAUUAUAGUAUUUCUUUGUGGCCGUGAGUUUACUGUAAAAAAGCAAUAGAUACAAUACAUUUUCAGGUCAACAUAGAUACAUUACAUUUUAUAAUCUAAGUGACUGGUCCUGGGUAAAUGCCAGAGAAACACUGGGAUAUUGCAGGUUUGGGAGUGAGCAUAACAUGUACAGUAGCAUACAGGGAGCUGGACCUGUUAUACCUGGGAAUACUGCUAAUCUUGUUUUGUCAAUGAUCCUAUCACACCUUAUCUGGGAAAAAAAAGAGGUCAUUAAGCCUUUAGCUGCAAUAAUUUGUUAGCAUAAGCACCUGCUAUGUAAAGUACACAGAUGUUAUGAAUUGACAAGUGAUUGGGGUGUUCUAUACAUCUGCAGGCUGAUCCAGAGGCUAAUUGACCACCAGGUCAAUGAAGGUGCUGGAAAACUGGUAUUGUGCAGAAAUGUUCAGGUUUGUUGUAGCUGCUAUGAUCGGGGUUUGGACUCUGCAGCUGGGCUGUUUUCCUCUUGUUUUUCAUAGGCUGUGAAAGUAACCAUGGCAGCAUGUGAAAAUUCAGACUUGACAACCCAUUAUACAUUUUUGUAACCUUUUAUUUAACUAGGCAUGUCCACUUGAAACAAAUUCUUAUUUACAAUGACGGCCAAACCCUCUAACCCGGAUGAAGCUGGGCCAAUUGUGGGACUCCCGAUCGCGGCCGGUUGUGAUACAGCCCGGUAUUGAACCAGGGUCUGUAGUGAUGCCUCUAGCACUGCGAUGCUGUGACUGCUGCACCACUUGGGAGCCCACAAAUAAUCUGUAUUAGUUUUGGACCUGACAGGAUUAGCUCACCUUCCCCUCUACUGGUGUGGUGGCGGAGUUGAAAAAUGUCUAUGUUAGCGUAGCCCUGCAGGGCGAAAUCGUACAACGAGUGUUCUGUGGGAAGGAAAAAUAGGCUUUUAAACAACAGUAUACUGUACAUUGAGAACUGAAUAUCACAAGAUUACCCUACAACAUGUCUUGGCAUGGAACAAUAUUCAUUUUCUCCCACACGUGCAAGUACAAAUAAAAACAACACACGAUAUAUUGA